CUCCUGCUACAGGAUCAGUGGUGUCAGUGUGAAAAUGGUGCACUUUCAGCUUUCUGCACUGUUUGCUUUAGGAUUCAUCACACUGAUAAAUGGCCAGUGUCUGGUGGAGUUUCGAAAUGGCACAGUUUCCAAUAAUGGUUCCACAUGCUCCUCAUUCUCACAGUCAACAUUCAACAACACUCUCACCUGCUCCGGGAUACAGCUUUCAGACUUAUCACAGGGAAAUCUCAAUAAUCUCAAAGCAUUUACCGACACUGCCUUUGAUCUGUACACAUUGCUGAGAUCUAGACUUGACGUUAGUCAUGUCGUGAAGUACAUCAAUCAAGUCAGGGCGAAGGGCUUAAUAGUGGGUUCACUGAAAGAUGUGGAUUUUGCGAGGCUCUGGUUCCAAGUGAAGCUCAGUCCACACCUGUCAUCACUGUCCAGAGACACGCUCUCCUGUCUGAGUCAAAGCAACCUCGCCUGCCAGAGCUUCCAAGAACUAGUGAAGGAUCUAAGCUUGCAGAUUGGUCCUGAAAGGCAAAGGAUGGUGUAUCAGAAAUUCAUAAAACCUUUUCUGGCGAGAAACACAACUGACGCUGGGUGUGUCAACAGUACAAGCAGCACUGGGGAAUGGCUUCUGCUGAACUUCCAAGCGUUCUCUGCUAGCGCAAGUCUAGGAGAUUUCAUAGCUCUGAAUCCAAAGUUUGAUGGGCUGCUUGUCCUAGAUAAGCUUACCCCAGAGCAGAAAGCUGAGUUGAUCUUUCAGCUGGAAGCAUCUGCUAAGCUGAACCUCGAUGCCGUCAUUCAGAUCUUCCAGAGUUUCCUGCAGCCGCUCACUAACAGAACACUUAACAUGACCAGUGUCAGUUCAAAUGGCCUUCAUCAGAAUCUCAGCGAUUUCCUGGUUUCUUUGAGACCAUUGGGAAGAUUCAUCAGAGCAUGUGUGAACAUUGCUCAGACUACAAAUGUCAGCAGUAUCAGAAACGAAACGAUACAGCUUCUGAUUAACUGGACCCUGAGCUUUGACAGCCAAACCUCAAUAAAUAGUUUCCGCAUCAGCAACUUCAGUGAUUGGUUACAGUUUGUGGUUCUUCCUGUGAUGAAGAAAUCUCUGCAAACUAACCAGACUUUACCAGGCGUCACAACAAUAUCCAACUUUGUUUUUGCUGCAGAGCCACAAAUCACAGAACCUGUCGACAACUGUAAAGUCACCAGCAAUAACAGUUCCUGUCAUACAUCACAGAUUGAAGAGAAUCUGGCGAAAACCAUUAAUUGUGUCGCCCAAUCAAAUCUGAGCUUCACUGAGGAAAACCUGAAACUUCUGAUUACUGAAUUCUCCAGAUCACUGCAGACACUGAUGGAGCAGUCUAGAGUGGUGAACAACUCAUCUCAAAGCAACCUCAGAGCCUUGUUUGCAGAACUGCCAGCAGAAAGCUUCACAUCUGGAAAUCUCGAUGAUGCUGAGUUCAUGAGAUUCUGGUUCCAAAUCAAGAUGAAGCCCCUGCUACCUCAAAUCCCACGUGAAUUCCUGUCUUGCAUCAACACACGUGGCUUCAGCUGUCAGGCCUACAGGGCACUUUAUGUGGAGAUAAAUAAUAAUUCUGGACUGAUGGAUAGUGCGACACAGAGAUCUGUCCUCAGUGACUUCAUUCGUCCAUUCCUGUCACGACGUCUAAACACAGGUGCCGACUGCACAUUGCCGUUUAACAACAGUGUGGACUUCAUCCUGCAAAACUUCGGCAGUUUCUCUCCGUUGGCACAGCUUCAGGAUUUCUCCAGUUUCAGCCGCAAUUUUUCAGCUGCGGAUGCUCUUCCUGUUCUCACGAUUGUGCAGCUGGGUGAACUGGUGUUCAGUCCUCCUGCUAAACCAGAAGACAGAGGAAACAUCCUCACAAAAGUCUUUGACUUCCUUCUUCAAGCCCCCAACAGAGACAAACUAAACAACUUCCUCCCCUCUCUUCAGACACAGGCCAGAAAGGCAAACUUCAGUUGUGAAAACUACAAAGUCGUCUCUGCUGUGGAUCAGUUCUUGAACGGAGCGGGUCCAAACGCAACAGGACUUUGUAACUUCACUGUGUUGCAGUUCGCCUGUCUACCAACGCUGUCACAGUUAAACUCUCAACAAGUGGCUGACCUGUUGGCUUGCAAACUGUCCAGCAAUGUGACAAAAGACACCUGGAAGCUUUUCUUCACCAAAACCAGCACAAACCUUGAUGAUGCACUGCAAAAAUUUUCCAACAAGACUCCCAGUGUCAGCAGUGUGUCUUUGUCCGAUAUGCUGGAUGUGAUUGAUGACAUCCGGAUCAGUCGCUUUAGUCCCCAGAGACUGAAAGAUCCUGUCUUCAUUCAGUCAUGGUUCCAGGGGCGACUCAAACCCUUCUUACCAUCAGUAUCUCAAAGACUCCUGUCCUGCCUCAGCACUAAAAACUUCACCUGUGAAAGUUACCGCACUAUCACUACGACUUUUGUGAAUGCACCUCUACGAGAUGGACAAGACAUUUGCAAUCCACUGCAACCCAAUGGCACUAAAACACAGGCUGAUCUGAUCUACAUUGACUUCAUGAAAGCCUUCCUCUCUCGCAAUGACACUGAUGAUCCCGGGUGCCUUAAAGACACAGCCAACAGUGUGCAGUGGGUCAACAGAAACUUUGGGCCAUUCGUUCAGUCAGCUCCCCUAAAGGACCUUGUGGCACUGAACAGAAACUUUAGAGUGGUGGAUGCUCUACCUCUUCUGGGUCUAAGACAACUAUUUGAGUUUUCUGUAACUCCUGGUACACUAACUGAUCCUCAAAGCGUCAUCAAUGUCAUGCAGCAUGUUAAGGAUUGCCAGCUUCCUGCUUUCUUUGACCUCUUUUCCCCGAAAGUGCAGGAGAUCCUGCCCACACAAGAUGUAAAAGCAGCACUGAUUAAACAGAUAUUUGACAGAGCCAGCCUGUCUAAUCUAAGCAUCACUAAUCAGGAAGUUGUAGUCUGGAUCCAGAGUAGACUAAAUCCUCUGUUAGCCAACCUUUCAGAAAGCCUUGUGUCUCCGUUUUUCACCAUCCUCAACACAAGGGACUGCAAUAUCACUCAAACCGCUCUGGGGCUCUUAGAUGUUGCUCGACCUUCAUUAACGAUAAACACCAAAAAUGCAAUCUACAAUAGCAUUCUUCAAUCCAUCAAAGGGCCACAGUCUCUGAGGUGCUACAGAAAUAACAGCUUUGUCGCGUUCCUAAACGAAAGCCUGUACGGCUUUGGGCCACUUCCAAAUGUGAACACCUUUCUCUCUCUGAUACCAACCAAUCGGAAAUCUGAGCUUGUAAACUCUAUAGCUCCUUCUGAGCUGGGAAGCUACUUGAGACAGCAGGAAGUGGUGAACAACGAUUCACAAAUCUGUGCCAUCUUUAACAGCUUUACCAAAACCCCUGAGUUCUUGGAAACCGAAGAGGUUCCAGAUCAUGUUAAAAGCGCUAUCCUUCCCUGUGUCUGGUCUCUGGCGUUGACAAGUGACAAUGAGACAGAGGUUGAUUUGUGGUUUAACCGUAGACUGAAGCUCUACUUGAAGUUCCUGAACAAAGAUCUAAUAGGGUCAAAAGACACACUGAGCUCAUCUUGCCAAUCAUACAAGAAAAUGGUCAGUGUUUUAGGCAGCAUGUAUUACAUUUUAGACACUGAAGCAAAAUGCUACAACUCCAAUGACACAAGACUGAAUUCAACUGCAUGGUUUGUCAACAACAUUGGUGCAUUUAUAACUUUAUUGACUCUGGACGAUCUCUACUCUUUCGGCCCUGAGAACACGAUGAAAGUCUUUGCUGUGAACCCUGAUAACCUAAAGCUGUUCAAUCAAAUAUCACUUCCGAAGAACGUCUUCAGUCGCUACACUGAACUCGUCUUUCUACAAAACCCCAACUUUAAUCUUUUUGAGUUGCCUUCGGUUUUGCAGUGCGAUGCCCCAGUAUCGACCUUCACUAAGCUAACAGAAAGUGAAACUAAUACUAUUCUUGGAAACUUCAAGACAUCUUGCUCCAAAGUGGAUCCUGCGAUAUCUACUGCCCUUACGGGAAACAUCAAAACCAUAGAUGCAAGUGCUAUUACCAACUUGGGAAGUCAAAUUGUAGGCCUAACAACUACACAAAUAAACAUAGCACCUCCAUCGGUUCUUAUCAGUAGUCUCUCAACACUGGGCAGUACAUCUGGAUGGUCCCUCGGACAAGCCAAGGCAGUUGUAGGAGUGCUUCUCAGUGGAAAUUUUAAGUUCGAAACUCCCAGCAGUUUGCUGAGUCUUGGAUCCCUGAUUGGAGGGAUUCCUUCAACACUACUGACAAACAUUAAUCCGACACAAAUUCUUGAAACAUCACGAAACACAGAAUUUGUAAAAAGCAUAGUGGCUGCCCCAGAGAUCAUUCAAAAGACCUUUGUGAGCCAGAUAAUCAAAGUGGGAUCGACAGCAUCUGUCUUAAUGACGAACAUUCCCAGUGACUUGGCCGUUCAGAUUCCAAGAAAGUUCCUGGAGAUUACCACCACUAUAGAAACAACAGUCCUGCAAGAGUUUAACAAAAAAAAGUGGAAACCCGAACAGGCAGUUCUUUUCUUCGAUUCUGUGGCAAAUGCUUUUGCUCAAGCUGAUGACCUGUCAGUGGACAUUUUGCAAGGAUUUACAUGCUCACGAGUGCAGACAUUCACCCAAACCAAAAUCAAAGGCCUGAUCAAAGCCUGCCGACCGAGACUAAGCAGACCUAAGGUGGUACUGAGCGAGACUCAGCUGACUUGCAUGUACAACCUUAUUAGAAAGGAAUCACCUUUUGAUUUUGAAAACUAUCAUUCAGAUAUGUUGCUGUACUUCAAUUACGAAACAAUCAACAAAACCCUUUGCAAGGCAUAUUUUACACAAGUCGGUGCAGCAGAUCUCUCAGUCUUUUCAAGCACACUGAGCGGAAGAAGGGACAUUUUGUUGAGUAAUGCUAUAGAUUGCUUGGGCAUUAAUGGAACAAGCAUCAAGAAACAGGAUCUGACAGUACUGGGCAACUUGGCAUGUGCUGUGAGCAGUGACACCAUCAGAAACUCAGACCCAGAAAUCCUUGAGUACUUGAAGAACUGCAAAGAUCUCUCCGAUUCGCAAAUAUCAGCCAUGCAAGAAAUUCUCGUGAAGGGAACUUCAAAAUAUGGACCAAAAGGCAAGUGGAAUCAGAAAACACUUGCUGAUCUGGGAAUUCUGCCUUUGUACUUCUCACAAGACUUUUGGGGAUCAUUCAUAGAGAGGGAUUUAGCCAAGUUCAUGAAAGGCUUCUUAAAACUUGUGCGUGGACAAAACACACCAAAGCCACAACUGAAAAAGCUGUUUAAAGCAAUCAUUUUCACUCCAAAAGUUGUCAAGAGGGCAGCGAGUGACUGUAUCAAGGGCAACAUCACUAGUCUUAUCAUCAGCGAUGACGCCUUCCCCUUUGGAUAUACUGAGGCGCAGUUCGGCCACUGUCUGAGUUCAGCCAUAGUGAAGGACAACCUCGCUAGCCUCUGUGAAAAAAUUGAGGAUAGCGCCUUUCAGAGAAUAAUUUUGGACAAACUCAAAGAGAUACUGCCAAAUGGCCUUUCAGAUGAUCAGGUCCAGGUGCUGAAGUCCGUGUCCAGGAGCGCUACAAUGGAUGAAAUAAGUAAAUGGAACAUCACUAAAUCUGACACACUGGCAGCGCUCAUGAGCACUAAUGAUGGCGACUGGUCCUCUGCACAGAGUGAACUAAUCAUUACCAGAUACGUAAGUGCCAACAACAGUCUGAGUGCCACUGAGCUCAAUCUAGUGAAAGGACCAAAUCUCUGCUCUCUGAAUGCCAGCGUAUUGUCAACAAUAUUGCCUGAAAAUAUGCGGGAGUCCGAUGCUUUGGAUGUGUCAAAAUGUUCAUCUGAGAAAAAGAAGGCACUCUUCACCAUCGCUAACAAAGCAUUUCCCGUGUCCCCUGCAAGCGGUCAAAGUGCCAUCCUGUCAGCCUUCCAGCUCAUUGAAACCUAUCUGGGAGGUGCAGAUCUAGGCUACAUUAGGAAUAUGUCAUCAUAUAAUGUCAGCAUGAGCCUGUCCACUUUCAUUAAUCUGGAUGCAAACGUGAUCUCGAGCCUCACCAUAUCAGAUGUCGUGGGUCUUCUUGGUAACAAUUUGCAGGACCUAAAAACAUUUGAAAACCAAACAGUUGUGCGGAGCUGGAUCUCGCUGCAGUUACAGUCAGAGCUGGAUAAACUCAAUCUCACUCUAACUGGAGGAAAAGCAACAGCAGACACAACAACUGCUGUAGCUACCACUGUUACCACUGUCAAGGCCACUGCAGGCGCUCCAGGAAUUGGAGCCAGUGGGUGGACAGUUUCCUUCAGCAUCCUUGUACUCAUUUGUACCAUCAUCAAAGUGAAGAUUAUAUAGCAGCACUGACGCCAGAUCAGCCACACUGUAAUCUUACCAAGAUGAUAUAUCUGUGAGACUCUGCAACUGAAGGAAUAUACAUAUAUAGAAUAUUACAAUCUACUCAAUCUGUUUAU